GCACAUCGUAUUUAGCUCAGGGGUUGGUUCCGCGCCUGGGUCAAGAAGAAUUGUCACUUAUAUCCACUGGCGUUCUUCCGUCCUCGACCGUUUGCACAUUUAGCUUGUCCAAGGCAACAUCGAUCACGAUUCAAGUAAGCGGGGUUUGGAACCACUUAGCCAUCCAUCAUGUCUAUUACUCCUCCACUGGAGCUGGAUGCCCCGGCCACCACUCAAAGGCAAAUCUUGGUCACUGGCGGCGCUGGGUUCAUCGGCUCGCAUCUGGUUGAUCAUCUUCUGGCAGAAGGCGGCUGGCGGGUUGCCGUGGUCGACAACUUUGACGACUUUUAUGACCCCAACAUCAAACGCUCAAACCUCGCCGCGCACCACUUCAACCCAAACUUCACAUUAUACGAAAUCGACAUACGCGACCGCGACGCCCUGCGCGAUGUCUUUGCCGAGAACAACUUCACCGCAAUUGUGCAUCUUGCUUCGCGGGCAGGUGUACGGCCGUCAUUGGAGAAGCCGGCCGCGUACGUCGAAACCAACCUGGGCGGCACGCUGAACAUGCUCGACUGCGCAAAGGAAUUCGGCGUGAAGCAAUUCGUCUUCGGGUCUUCGUCGAGCGUCUACGGCUUGAAUACCAAGGUCCCCUUCGCGGAAGGCGAUGACACCCAGAAGCCCAUUUCGCCUUAUGCGGUAUCUAAGACGGCAUCCGAACUGAUGUGCCACACGUAUUCUCAUCUCUACGACAUCCGAUGCGUGUGUCUUCGUUUCUUCACCGUCUAUGGCGCACGGCAGCGUCCAGACCUGGCGAUUCACAAAUUCGCAAAGCUGAUUCACAGCGGGAAGCCGAUUCCUGUAUUCGGCGACGGCACAACGCGCCGCGAUUACACCUACGUGGACGACAUCAUCCAAGGAGUCCGCGCGGCGGUGGACUUUCGGGGAUCUGACUACGAGACCUUCAACCUGGGCGAGUCGCAGACGAUAGAGCUUCGAGAGUUGAUUGAGCUGCUCGAGGAAAGCCUCGGCCGGAAAGCGCUCAUCGAUCGGCGCGAGUCACAACCCGGCGACGUGCCAAUUACGUUUGCGGACAUUUCAAAGGCGAAGAAGUUGUUGGGAUACCACCCCAAGACCAAGAUCGACCAUGGGAUUCCAAAGUUUGUCCAAUGGUUCCUCCAUCAGAACCAGCUUGUCAAGAACUAGAGGGAAGGAAUUAGACUUAUUAAUUAGUUACGAAGCUCGACUAGAACACAAUAUUUACUUUUAAUUAUAAGGCACAUCUUGCCAUGGUGCUGACUGGCACAAAUGAUCUAGCAGAGUCUCUAGUCAUUGUGGUAGCAUUGGAUAGAAAAUGCUUGAAUUGUGGAUAAAACUGUUUUUUUUUUGACCUUGCGCCGGCAACUUGCUCGACUUGAGGGAGCAGACAGAAGUUUGAUUA